ACGUUCAUACAUGUCUUGUGAGUUUGUUUAUGUAUGCAAUCUCUCUUUAUUAUAGUUUUGUCAGAGAAGCAUCUACCUUUUUGGUCUUUCUAUCAUUAAUUUGUUUGUAGUGUCUUUUAUUGCAACUGUGACUAUUACUCUUGAUCGGCUAUAUAACUAGAAGAACAUCUUCGUUAUUAUUACAGUUUUCUGAGAGGGACUUAUAAUUGGGGUAGGGAUCUGCAGGAACAUAUGGAUGCUGCUAGUGCUGCUUCUUCUUCAACAAAGAGGGUGAUGGAAAAUGUGGAGCAACCCCAUGUCUUAGCUGUGGAUGAUAAUCUCAUUGAUCGCAAACUCAUUGAACAACUACUUAUAAACUCCUCUUGCAAAGUGACUACUGCGGAAAAUGGGAGAAGGGCAUUGGAAUUUUUGGGCUUAGGAGACGAUCAAAAUAACACCUUGGAGAGCAGAGUAUCAAAAGUAAAUUUGAUAAUUACAGACUAUUGUAUGCCAGGAAUGACAGGCUAUGAGCUACUUAAAAGAAUUAAGGAAUCAUCAGUCAUGAAAGAGGUUCCAGUGGUUAUUGUGUCAUCUGAGAACGUCCCAACUCGUAUUAACAAGUGCUUAGAGGAAGGAGCUCAGAUGUUCAUGCUGAAGCCCCUAAAACAAUCAGAUGUGAAGAAAUUAAGAUGUCAAUUAAUGAACUCCUGAAGAUAAACACCCGUAUUCCUAAGGAGAUUAGAACCCGCAGCAAGUAUUCCUAUGACUAGAGGAAGCCCCAGAAUUCCUUGGAUGAAAUAAAAUUAGCUUCAGUUACCAAUCAAUUUUGUUUUGCUCAAAAAUCUUACCCUCCACCUCCACAUUGCUGUGUAUGAUUAACGUUAACCAAAUAGUUUCAAUGACAUUCCUUUCUGUGAUAAUCAUUAUUCUUCUCCUCUCCUCAAUUUAUUAUCUUUUA